UCACAUCGAGCGAUACUACAGUCAGCCGCUAGAGGGCGCUAAAGGUUGUGUUAUAAAGGUAAUCAUCCUGUUGUCCUCGAUGAAUUUGAUCCCCUUUGUGUAAAUUAUGUGGAAGUUUAAGUCUUUUGUAAGAAGCGCAGUUUUGUAAUACAAAGUCCACAGUGUUUUCUACAUGCAUAAAGUCCCCGCUUUAAAACGAGACAGUAACUACGACACUAUAGUCCUGUUUCGAGAUUCGCGUAUUCAUUCCUUAAACUCAAACUCUGGUGACGAGGAAGAAUGUCCCUGAGCGCCGUUCCGUCCAGCAGGAUCCCUGCGAUGAGCGCCCCACUCUCGGUCCGCACGGAGCCCCUGGGGCGCAGUGUGAUCCGGGGGGACCCCUACACUGUGUGGGUGCUGAAGGAGGGAUACUGCGUCAGCGAGGCGGACGGGAGCUGCCGGGCCGACGGCUCCAUCACCCUGCUCACUGGGCCCCUGGUCGUCCUGGUGGACACGGGGGGCCCCUGGGACCGGCAGCUGCUGCUGGACCGGCUGGCGGAGAGGGGGGUGCAGCCGGGGGACGUGAGCCACGUGAUCUGCACCCAUGGCCACUCUGACCACGUGGGCAACCUGAACCUGUUCCCAGGGGCCACGCUGGCCGUGGCCUGCGACGUGAGCCAGGGAGACCGCUACCUGAGCCACGGGCUGGGGGAGGGCCGGCCGCUGGCCCUGGACCCCCACGUGGAGGUGCUGCCCACGCCGGGCCACGCCGGCAGGGACACCAGCGUGCUGGUGAGGGGCUGCGAGGGGGGGCUCGUGCUGGUGGCGGGGGAUCUGUUCGAGAGUGAGGGAGACGAGGAAUCCUGGAGGGGGCUGAGCCAGGACCCUGCCAUGCAGGAGAGGAGCAGACAGGGGGCGCUGGAGAUCGCAGACAUCAUCAUUCCAGGACACGGGCCCCCCUUCAGGGUCUACAGAGACACGGCAGCACCCCCCAAAUAAUGAGGGGGGUUACCUGAGUAAUGUACGGAGACAGUGAGACCCGGACUGGCUCGCACUGCUCUGUAAUGGGAAAGUCGUCUUCAUGUUAUUAUGUUUCUCUCAGAAUCCCGUGUCGGCACUGCUGAAGGACAUGUUGUUGCUGUAGAGUUUGAUAAGGUUUACUGCUUCGCAGAGAGAUCGUGUAAAGUGCAUUAAUACCUUGACGUGAUUAAAUGUCGAAACUUUUAUUUACCUGAA